UACUUCGUGCACCUGUUUUAUACACAAUACCGACGAAACCGCGCCAUUACAGAUGUUGAUACCCAUCGCAAUUUUAACAUUAUUGGUAUGGUACCUGCAGUACCAUUGGAACCGGAGGCGCCUGUACAGAAUGGCUUCCCGUUUCGAUGGCCCGAUUUGUUUGCCUUUCAUCGGCAACGGGCUUUACUUUAUGGGCUCUACCAGUGACAUUCUGGACAAUGUCAUCUCGCUGAUGCGGAGUUUUAAGCUACCGGUGCGGGUGUGGUUGGGUCAGAAGCUAUUUUACGGCGUCUCGGAUCCGGAAGAUCUCGAAACAAUCAUGAACAGUCCUCACGCGUUAGAAAAGGACGAAUUGUACCAGUACGCCGAACCGGUGGUUGGCACUGGACUGUUCACCGCCCCAGUGCCGAAAUGGAAACGCCACCGUAAAGUCAUCAUGCCGACCUUUAAUCAGCGCAUCCUCGACGGGUUCGUACCGGUAUUCGUCGAACAAUCCACGAUACUCCUCGACCAACUGAAAACCCAGGUUGGAAAGGGCAGCUUUAACAUUUUUCACUACGUUAGCCGAUGCACUUUGGACAUUAUCUGCGAAACUGCAAUGGGAGUAUCGGUGGAGGCACAAACUAAAGAUUCCGACUACGUUAAAUGGGCUAACCAGGCGAUGGAGAUUAUGUUUACGAGGAUGUUCAACAUUUGGUACCACUUUGAUUUCAUAUUCAACCUGACUCCAAGCGCGCGGAUUCUGCGCGACGUCAACAACAAGAUGCAAGCUUUCACCGGAACUGUUGUAAGAAACCACCGGGAAGCGUACCAAAGGAAGAGAAGGGAGGAGUACGUGGACAAGGACCAAUCGACGCGUAAGAACUUCCUUCAGCAGCUGAUCGAGUUGUCCGAAGGAGGGGCUAAUUUUACAGAUGAUGAGCUGCGGGAGGAGGUGGAUACAUUUAUGGUGGCGGGAAGCGACACCACGGCGUCGAUGAACAGCUUCAUAUUCAUCAUGCUUGGAAUGUUCCCAGAAAUCCAGGAAAAAGUGUACCAAGAGGUGCUAGACGUGCUCGGCCCAGACAAGCCAGUGGAAGCAGCCGAUCUUGGUCGUUUCCACUACAUGGAGAGAGUGAUGAGGGAGACCAUGCGCAUAUUUCCAGUCGGACCUGUACUGGUUCGGGCAAUCACCAAGGACAUCCAGCUAGAGAGCUGCGUGAUCCCCGCUGGAAGUUCGGUGGUGAUGGUGAUCAUCCAAACGCACUGGAACGAAAAACUUUGGCCGCAACCCUUCAAGUUCGACCCUGAUCGAUUCCUACCGGAAGAAAUGGCGAAACGUCACCCUUACGCUUGGCUACCAUUCUCUGGCGGUCCACGUAACUGCGUUGGUCCCAAAUACGCGUUCAUGGCGAUGAAAGCGCUCAUAGCAACGGUUGUGAGGCGGUACACAUUUUCUACAGACUACAAAACCAUUAAGGACAUCAAACUGAAAGCCGAUUUAAUGUUGAAGCCGGUACAUGGAUACAGUGUCUCUGUAGAAUUGAGGGAAUGA